AUGGCCUCCUCCUCACCACCCGACGAGUUCUCCCCUCCCUUCAUCCAAAUCGACGGCCUGGACAACUUCCGCGACAUCGGUUCCUGGCCCACCACCACCCCCCACGUCAGCGUCCGCCAGAACGUCCUCUACCGCGGCCCAGAUCUCGGUCCUAUCACUCCAAAAGGUGAACAGGAACUGCGUGACCUAGGCAUCGAGACGAUCUUCGAUAUCAGAAGCGUACCGCAGAUUGAGCGGGCGGGAGGUGUGCAGGAGGUUGAGGGCAUCAAGAGGGUCUGGUGUCCGGUUUUUGAGGAGAGUGAGUAUACGCUUGAUAAGGCGGGGUUGAGGUAUACGCAGUAUGCUUCCGAUGGGACGGAUGGUAUUGUUGAAGCUUUUGAGGAGAUCCUGAGACAUGGCGCGAAAACUACGAUGAAGCCUCUCCUGGAACAUCUCGCUUCCCUUCCUACGGAAGGCAAGAUCCCAGCCGCGAUGAUCCAUUGCACGACGGGUAAUAACCGUUCUGGGGUUUUCAUUGGCGUCUUGCUUGCGUUGCUCGGCGUGGAUGACGAGGUGGUGGCGGAGGAAUACAGUCUCUCCCAGGUUGGGCUACAGCGCGGAAGAGAUAUGGUUGUCGAUCGGCUGAUGCGUAAUCCAAAGUUUAGGGAGGCGCUGGGGGAGGGGGAAGAGGGUAGGAAGAGGGCGGAGAGGAUGGUUGGGGCGAGGGUGGAGAGUAUGAGGGAUAUGUUGAAGAUGGUGCAGAGGAGGUGGGGGGGUGUGGAGGGGUAUGUUAGAGAGGAAGUUGGGUUGGGAGAUGAGGUUAUACAAGGGUUGAGGAGGGUUAUGAGAGUUACUGGGGAGUAG